AUGAGUAAAUAUUUGGAUAAAUAUGUUGAGUAUGAGACAAUAGGGAGAGGCAGCUAUGGUAAAGUAAUAAUGAUAUUCAGGGUCUGCACAUUUGGUACGCUCGAAAUCAGACUAGUAAGUGUAUGUGGCUAAGAAAAUUCAAUUAUUCAAUCUAAAAUCAAAAGAACAAGAUGAUUCAAAACGAGAAGUUUAUAAGUUCAUAUAAUUCUUAGGUGAUGCUUUUGUAGAAAUUGAAACAUCCUCACAUUGUACAAUAUACAGAGAGUUUCAAUGAGAAUGAUACGCUCAUCAUAAUCAUGGAAUACUGUGAAGGUAGUAAUUUUGAUUAAUCCAUUAGAGGGAGACUUAUCAUUUCACAUAAACAGAAUGAGUCAAAGAAAGGAGUACUUUCCAGAACAAAUCAUAUUGAAUUGGUUUCUUCAAUGCGCCUUAGCUUUGAAAUAUAUCCAUGAAUAGAAGAUUUUGCAUAGAGACAUAAAAAGUCAGAAUAUUUUCUUAUCCUCCAAUGGUUUUGUUAAAAUAGGUGAUUUUGGUAUCUCCAGAGUUUUAGAACACACAUAAGACCAGGCCAAUACUGUUGUGGGAACUCCCUAUUAUAUGAGGUAAUCACUUAAAUUUAUCCUUAGUCCUGAAGUCUGUGAGAAUAAGCCCUACACUUACAAGAGUGAUGUUUGGUCACUUGGAUGUGUUCUCUAUGAAUUGUGCAAUCUUUCUCAUGCCUUCAAAUCAAAUAACCUCUUGGGUUUAGUGAAUAGGAUUGUGAAAGAAUAGGCUUCUGCAAUUCCCUCACAUUACUCAAAAGAGUUAGCAGAUCUCAUUAACAAACUCUUAAUCAAAAAUGCUGAUCAAAGACCCCACACUACUGAAAUCUUCAACUUCCCUCUAAUCAGAAAUACUAUGCAAUAAUUUGUUGCAAUGUAAGGCAAAGUUCAAUAUCAAGCCCCAAUCAAAAGAACAAAUACACAUAAUUAAAUUGGAAAAAUGAUCAAGUAGGAAGAAACUAUUUAAUAAACCACUACAAAUCCAUAUGACAACACUAUUGAUACUGUCUAGUCUAUAGACAUUAGUUAAUUAACUCCUUAACAGCGAUUGCAAAUGAAAAAAGAGGAAAAAAUAUAAAGAGAAUAAAGAGAGCUAGCCUAAGCAAGCAAAUAAAGCUUUUUAUAACAAUAAGCAAGUCAACAAAGAAAGAUUCAAGAUCUCCAAGGUGGCUAAUCUCUAGAUUAUAACUAAAAGAGAAAACAACAAUAACAAUAUCAUGAAGAAUUACAAAGAUAAUAAUAAUUUAAAGAAUCUUAAGUUAAUACCAAAAAGCCUCAAUAUUAAGCCUAACCAAAUAAAUCCAACAUGUACAACUACGAUGAAACCUUAGUUAGUCAAUAUGAGAAAACUUCAUAAAUGGUAUAAUUUUAUUUAUUAUAUCCCUUAGUUGUAAAAUGAAUCUAAAAAAUACAAUGAAACUAUAUAAAAUGAUUCCAAAAAAUAAAAUGAAACCUUUAAAAAAGAGUUAGAGUAGUUUGAUAAAACUGUUGAUUCUGAAAUGUGUCAAUCUACUUUUGAUAAUACUACCAGAUAAUAAGAAAAAACAGUCACUAAAUCUUAAUUAGAUAGAUUUACUACUAAUUAUCAGAAAUAAGAAUUCUCAGUCACCUAAUAAUAUUAGGAUGAAGAAUUUGAGGAAUAUAAUAGUGAUGAAGAUCUUGAAGUCAAUAAUCACAGACUCACCGUUAAAUAAGGUGACAGUGAAAUUGAGGAAGUCCUCAAAUUAUAUCAAAUUUAGAUGGAUCAAACUGUGAAGAAAUCAUCUAGUAACAAACUUGAAGGUAUAAAUAUUAUAACUUCUUUAGAUAUUUAGGAAACGAGCUAAGAAAGUUGGAACUCAUCUUCGGCAUCUCCCUAAAAAGUACCCAUCAAUAAUGAUGAUCGAAUCCAAAUCUUAAGGAAAAAGGCAAUAUCUACCAUGGGUUCGGACCUCUUUAAUAAAGCAUAUCAAUUUAUGAGUCAUCAUUUAUCCAAAGGAACUGGAAGUGCUGAAGUAUAUACAUUUAGCUUAUUUUAGAUUCGAAAAAAUCUAGAAGAUAUUGUAGGAAAAAGCAGAAUGGGAGAUUGCAUGUUAAUAGAUGAAAUAUUAUAUUAUGAGAAUUAUUCUAAAUGA